UAAUGCUGUUUGCAGUAAGCAGGCUGAUUUAAUUUCUUUUGAGAAGAUGAUAUGUGGGGAUUAUAUGAAGCUACUUGAUCUGGAUAGCGAUACUGAUGAAAGAAGGUAUAGAGCUGCAAUAGAGAUGCCUCUUUCACCCACUUUGCCUGAAAUUGAGUCUGCUAGCCUCAAACUAUGUGUACAGGAUGACUCUCAUUUUCUGAUAGAGGGAACUUUGAAGAGUUUUGAGACUGAAAGAAGUAAUUCCUUGCCAUUCCAUACCUUUGAUGUCAUCGAGUUGGAGAUUAGUUCCAACACUGUGAAACAGAAAGCCCCAUUUGCAGGAACUGUCAUUGAAUGAUAAUCCAGUCUUAAGUCAUUCAUCUGAAGAAGUAAGAAUUCAUGGUACAAUUGUAACAGAUGGUGAUUUCAAGCACCAUGAUAUGCUGUGUAAUAUUGAACAUAAUCCUUCCUUCCUUGAAAAUGAUAGUAACAUGGAUGUUGAACCAACAUAUAAUGGCAGUAAAUCUGGCGACUCAGUGCAGAAGGCUAGUGAUGCGCUGCCUAUCAUGGGGCUAAAGGACCAUCGGGAGUUCAAGCACCUUGUUCAUGGCCAACUAGGUCCUAAUACCAUUUCUGAUUCAAAGGUAUCUGAGGAAGCAGUGUCAGGAGGGUCUGACAAAUCAUUGCUCUCAGGAAGCACAAGCUGUAGCUUUCCAAAAUUCACAUUGCAUUCCGAGCAAUUAUGUGAGAAUUGUUAUAUGCAUAAUUCUAUUCCAAAGAUACAUAAUUUAUCAAGGGAACUAGUGAAUGUACCAAAUGGAACCCAUGGAUUGACUCAUGCCACAGUUACAACUUCCACAGAAAUUCAUAUUGAAGGCAAAGGAGAAAAACAUGAUGGUGCAAUUGUUUCUCAAAGUGGUGAAAUGCUUGAUAAAAGUUUUGAAGCUGAGAAAUCUGAGCAACAUGGUAAUUUACUGGUCUCAGAAUGUGCUACAAAGACGGAAGCUUCUGAAUCAAUGCCUAUGUCCACCAUCAGGAAGAUCCGUGAUCUAUGUGCAGAGAGUGAUGGACUUGAACUGGAGAAAAUUCCCAAGUAUUUUGUUGUGUUCUCAAAUAUGGAUGAUUGCAGCAAAACAAGGAUAUCACAAUAUAGCAAGACCGUUAUAUCUCAAGGCUGCAUGGACACCCAAGUGCUUCGUGCUAUAGCUAUGGAUCCUGAACUUUUACCUAAAGAGAAGGCUGCUGUUUUCUUUUCAUUAUUAUUGUGCAAUAUUUCUGGUACACUGUCGGCAAAUUCAAGAUGCACCAGGAGUGGAGAAUUUCUACUACCUUCUGGUUCUUUUGCAGAAGAGAUUAAUAAAGGUUUCACCUAACUUCUCAUUUCAUGUUUUUUGAAUGUUGGAAACUUCUAUUACUUUUAUAGCAUGAGUUCAUCGAAUAUCAUGGUGAUUUGUUUCAACUAGAUCAUUACAAAUGCUUGUCCCGAAUAAGUAUUUUACAAUUUUUUCAGUGUCGAGCUGCAUUGUGUUCCAUGUCUCUUCCUGCAGUAUAACAGCUUUUCAUGCAUCUUCUGUAUCAAUUGCAUAUUUUUGUCCUGUAACUUCUUUUUUGGUGGUGUUUUUGUCCUAUAACUGGAACAUUAUUAUUUAAGAAAUGAGCCAUCUGUAACUUGUCAUUUUUUUUCUAUCUUUAUUGUUUACUUUAUGCUAUCCAACAGAAGAACAAGGUCUUGUCCUAACUUUUAGUCGCAUGAAAUGCUCUGUAUAUCAAAAGUGAAAUUAGGUCAACUAUUCAAAGUGAUCAACAAAUGGAGCAUCUAGUAAAGGAUCUAUGAACAUCUAAUGAAGGUCAUUAUACAAGUUCAUUGUACAACGUGCCAUUCCUUUUUAGUGUAUAUGUGUCUGAUUCUUUGGACAAUUGUAGAACUUAAAUUUAUUUAAGAAAUUCACAGUAUGAAAAUGGUGCAAGGGCUUGGUUAACUAGAAACCUAUUGCAGCAUUAUGAGGGCUGGGCAUCCAUUAACCGAGGUGCAAUUAAUUGUCGUAAAAAAAUAAUUGUCGAAAAAGGCAAGAGGAAAAUUAGAACUGUUCCUUGUAG